AUGGAGAAGGGAAAUCACUCGGAGGUGACUGAGUUCAUUCUCUCAGGACUGACAGAUCGUCCGGAGCUACAGGUCCCCCUGUUUGUGGUGUUCCUACUGAUUUAUGGUAUCACCCUAGUGGGGAAUGGAGGGAAGAUCUUGUUAAUCAUGAUCGAUCCCUGACUCCAGACCCCCAUGUACUUUUUACUCAGUAAUUUGUCUUUCUGUGACCUCUGCUAUUCCUCGAUAAUUUCCCCUCAGAUGCUGCUCAGUUUCUUAGCCGAGAGGAAAAAUAUUUCUUACACUGCCUGCGCUGUGCAAAUGUAUUUCUUUCUCACUUUUGCAGAUGUUGGUUGUCUCUUGCUGGCUGUGAUGGCGUAUGACCGUUAUGUGGCCAUCUGUAACCCGCUGCUCUAUACGGUCACUAUGUCCAGGAAGCUCUGUAAACAGCUGGUGGCUGGGGCAUACGCUGUGGGGGUGGUGGAUUCAAUGAUACACACGUUUACAUUUCGGCUGUCAUUCUGCAGCUCCAACAUCAUCAAUCAUUUCUUCUGUGACGUCCCCCCACAGUUGGCGCUCUCCUGCUAUGACACCCGCAUCAAUGAGAUUGUGCUGUUUGCUUUCACGUGCUGCAUUCAAGUGAUCAGCUUUGUGACUGUCCUCCUCUCCUAUGUCUAUAUCAUCUCCACCAUAAUAAAGAUCCGCUCUGCUCAGGGCCGGCGCAAAGCCUUCUCCACCUGCACUUUCCACUUGAUCGUUGUGGUUCUGCUUUUUGGCACCAUCAUCUUUGUAUAUUUACGUCCCACCUCCAGCUAUUCCAUGGACACAAACAAAGUGGCCUCAGUGUUUUGCAUGCUUGUGAUCCCCAUGUUGAACCCCAUCAUCUACAGCCUGAGGAACAUGGAGGUGAAGGAUGCCCUGAGGAAAGCAAUGAAUAAACUCCUAACCAAUUCUUGA